AUGGAAGAAACACAAACUAUAGUUGAGGAAUCUAGUAGUAGAAUUCAAUCUCAGAUGGUUGAGAAUUUCAAUUUGUUACCAGGCGAAGUAGUAUUACUCCAAACAUCGAAUGUAGUACAUCUUUCGCAAAUUGAUAAUACUCAUCGUAUUGGUAUUCUAUACCAAACGAAUUACCAAUUCUUUUUGGUUGAAGAUACAAAAAAGGAAUUAACAAUGAGUAUACCAUAUGGUUUGGUUAUGGAAAUUAAAAAAUUGAAAGGACAUGUAAUUGUGAAAUAUAAAGAUGGUGCUUUAGAAGAUAUGGCUUUGGAAAAAGAUGAAUCAAAUGGACAAUCUUCAUCUCAGACAACAUCACCGACUACAACGACGACAACGACAACAACUACAACAACAACUACAGCAAUAGCCACUUCUUCGAAUAAAAAGGAAAAGGAAAACUCAAAGGAUAAAGAUAGAAUACCAAGAUCAGUAUCAAACUCCUCAAAUGUUUCGAAUGUAUCCGAUUCCACUUGGUAUUCUAACGGAGUCUCUGAGAAAGCAUUGAUUCUCGAGAUUCGUUGUAAGGACUUCAACAUCGUGAGGAUCUGUUUGCCAUCGAGUGAACGUGGUCAAGAAGCACACCAAAAUCUGAUGAAAUUUUCUUUCCCCAACGAACAGACCACCACAUUCUUUGCUCAUGUUUACAAUCCAUUCAAGAGUACACUGUCUUUCAAUGGAUGGACCAUGUACGAUGCCAUCGAGGAGUACAAUCGCCAGGGUCUAUUGGCAACCGGUAGUGAAUGGCGCCUUACAAAAAUCAAUAUGAAAUUCGACAUUUGUAAUACAUACCCACAAUAUUUAAUUAUUCCCUGUACAAUAUCAGACUAUUUAAUUCAAAAGAGUUCACAAUUCCGAAGUAAGAACCGAUUCCCUGUGUGCACCUGGCGACACAGAUACACGCAUGCCUCGCUGUCUCGUUGUGCCCAGCCACUCAAUGGUCUUGGAAAGAACAACCGGUGUGAGGAGGACGAGCUGCUCAUCCAAGCCAUCAGGAAAAGCACACCGGCAUCGGCACCUGUUAUUAUGGCACAAUCAGCCAAUCAACAAGCUGUACCCCAACCACCUGCACAGCUCUCAGUUCCAGCCAGCAGUACCAACCACCACCAAUCGAUCCAAUCACUCCAAACAACUCAACCGCAACAGCCACUGUAUAUAUUCGAUGUGCGUCCGAAAUCGACUGCCAGCUCGACUUUCUCUGGAACUUCCACUGAGGACAUGGUCAACUACUCCAACUGCAUACUAGAGUUUGGAGGAUUGUCAAACAUCCAUGAAUUAAGAGAAUGUUCCACCAAGCUCUAUAAAGUCAUUCGCAAUUGGGAUGACAAGAAGAGUUGGUCAGAAGUUAAUUCUACAUGUUGGCUCAACCAAAUUUCCAAACUCCUUCAGGCAUCGAGAAGAAUCCUCCAUAUUCUCCAUGUAGAAGGACUGUCGGUUGUGAUACACUGUACCGAUGGAUGGGAUCGUACACCACAACUAAUGAGCAUUGUACAGGUCUUGGCCGAUCCAUACUAUAGAACCAUGAAGGGUUUCAUUACACUUAUUUCAAAAGAAUGGAUUUCUUUUGGACAUAAAUUCAUGACAAGAAAUGGUACUCUUACCUCACAAUCUAAUAAACAAACAUCACCAGUAUUCCUUCAGUUUAUGGAUUGUAUGUGGCAGUUAACAAGACAGUUCCCAACUUCCUUUGAAUUCACAGAUCAAUUCCUAAUGACCAUUAUUCAUCAUUUGAAUUCAAAUCUAUUUGGUACAUUCCUGUAUGAUAGUGAUAAAGAGAGAGUAACACAAAUGAUACCAGCUGAAACAGUAUCACUAUGGACAUUCCUUCAUGGUUGUAUAAAGGAAGGUAAUUUUAGAAAUCCUUUAUAUGUUGAAACCACUGACAAUGAACCAAGUAUGGGUAGUGGUGAAUUUGUUAUUAAAAAGAACUAUGACAAUGCCAACGUAUUGUUCCCAAAUGUCCAGGGUGUUCAAUUGUGGACUGAUUUCUACUUAAAAUGGCGUGACCCACUGAAAUCUAGUAGAAAAUCAAUGGCAUUGGUUGAUCGUGCUCUCUGCGUUCACGGAUUCAAUGGUGAUUUGCUCGCUGUCCAAAAGAAGAAGAAAGGAUCGAGACGCUCUCACCGUCGCUCCAGUAACAAGAGCAACUCUCUUACUUCAUCGGAAUCCUUCAAUAAGAAUCAGAAAGAAAAGGAUGGAUCCGCUCAUCACCAACAUAAAGAUAAAGAAAAGACCAAGAAAUCCAGAAAGAGUAACAGCAAUGUCGCAGAGGAACUAACCAAAUCCGUUGAGGAAAUAGAGGUUCAAGCCGCCAAACGAGUAGAAAUACCAAAGAUUGCAUUCGAUAAUCUACAUGAUUCCGUUAUUGUAGAGCCUGAUCUUCCAGAAGUUACCAUAACAACUACCACCACUACAACCACUGCUGUGACAAAUAGCCAAACUCCUGAGCAACUUGUAGAUUCCAAUCCAAACGAGAGUGCAACUCCAACCUCUGUUAGAUCGCCACCAAACGAGGACGAUAGCAGCAACGAACUAGGAGAAACCAGACAACGUAGACACAGCACAUCCAACUCCAGUCCCGGCAAACACAAUCCAUUGGUCGAUAGCUUCAAAGAGACAAUGUCGCCAAGAGUAGAUCUCAUUCCAACAUCACCAAAACAACAGUUGGACGGUGGUAGCAAUAAUACUGACACUGAGAAACUAGAGGCUAACAAUUCUGUUCCAAGCUAUUUGGUGACAUCGCCAAAAGCUGAAAAGGAUCGAGAGCAACUGAAGGAGCAGAGAAGGGCAAAGAAGGAGCAACGCGAGAAGGAGAAGGCCGAGAAGAAAGCUCGCAAAGAGAAGAAACGUCAAGAAAAGAAAGAGAAAGUCGAGAAACUUACUCCCGACAUCACAGUGGUGCUGCACAACAGUGGUAGCAAGUCAAAGGCAAUCUCUCUUACACUACCGGCACGUGGACCAAAGAGCAGCAGAAUCUCGAUAUUCUCUACUGCUACACCACCAAGUCCAAACACGAUCAACGCAAUCAACAACAACAACAACUUGUCAUCGCCAAACCUAGCAGACCAACAGCAACACCAGUCACCACAGCAAUCAGCAGUAACCCCGCCACCCGUAGACAACAUCGGUGGAACCUCACAUCCUACGUCACCACAACACUCCUCUUCACUUUCUAAAUUGUUUAAAAACUUUAGAGGAACUAAAACCCAAUAA